GAUCCAGCAUGCGGGGCUGAACGCGUUGUGCCAGUCGCCGGACGUGUUGGAGUGCAGGCAGUGGACGAGGACGCAACAAGGAGGCACGGCUACGGCUAGUCAAGAACAUCAAGGCACAGCAUCAACUGCUACGACAACGAACGCCCCAAGUUCCUCCGACUCGACUUUCUAUGUGUCCGUCGACAUGAAGAAGAAUGUUGGCGCUUCUGCAAAUAACGGCGCGGACGAUGAAGAUGGCUUCACCAUUGAACUCGAUCUUCCUGCUGGCGUGUUUUACGAUGGACGUUAUCCGGGUAUACCCGCGUACCAGUCGGGCAAGUACAUCGUGAGAAGCCGAAGAUUGCGGCCCUCCUAUGUCCGGCGCGACCCGGAUCUGGC